CUGAGAUUUUUGAUGCCUUGAACUCUGAUUUCUGUGUCUCCCGGUGAAAUAGUCAACAGCUGCUGCAGCCCGUGCCAUACCCCGGGUUCCCCUAACUAGCACCUUCCCCUCCUCCUGACCGAGCUGGUAGCCCCUCCUGCCCGCACCUGCCCAAAGGUCACGGGACAGAGGGCGAUGCCAGGAAGCUGGUGAAGGUUUUCCUCUCCUUCUCCACCAUGGUCGACAGCACUAAGUAUGAAGUGACCUCCCAGCAAGAGGGAGAUGCCUCUCCUCUGGGAGAUGGGGGCAGCCCAGAUCCUGGGCAGGUAAAGCUGAAGAAGGAGAUCUCGCUGCUCAAUGGCGUGUGCCUGAUUGUGGGCAACAUGAUUGGCUCGGGCAUCUUCGUCUCACCCAAGGGCGUGCUCAUGUACAGUGCCUCCUUCGGCCUCUCCCUGGUCAUCUGGGCUGUCGGGGGCCUCUUCUCCGUCUUUGGGGCCCUUUGUUACGCAGAACUGGGCACCACCAUUAAGAAAUCUGGGGCCAGCUAUGCCUACAUCCUGGAGGCCUUCGGGGGAUUCCUUGCCUUCAUCCGACUCUGGACCUCCCUGCUCAUCAUCGAGCCCACCAGCCAAGCCAUCAUUGCCAUCACCUUCGCCAACUACAUGGUGCAGCCCCUCUUCCCGAGCUGCUUCUCCCCCUAUGCCGCCAGCCGCCUGCUGGCUGCUGCCUGCAUCUGUCUCCUAACCUUCAUUAACUGUGCCUAUGUCAAAUGGGGAACCUUGGUACAAGAUAUUUUCACCUACGCUAAAGUAUUGGCGCUGAUUGCAGUCAUCAUUGCAGGCAUUGUUCGACUUGGCCAGGGAGCCUCGACUCACUUUGAGAAUUCAUUUGAAGGUUCAUCAUUUGCAAUGGGUGACAUUGCCCUGGCACUGUACUCGGCUCUGUUCUCCUACUCAGGCUGGGACACCCUCAACUAUGUCACUGAAGAAAUAAAGAAUCCUGAGAGGAACCUGCCCCUUUCCAUUGGCAUCUCUAUGCCCAUUGUUACCAUUAUCUACAUCUUGACCAACGUGGCCUAUUACGCCGUGCUGGACAUGAGGGACAUCUUGGCCAGUGAUGCUGUUGCUGUGACUUUUGCAGACCAGACUUUUGGAAUAUUCAACUGGAUAAUUCCAGUGGCAGUUGCAUUAUCUUGCUUUGGUGGACUCAAUGCCUCUAUUGUGGCUGCUUCUAGGCUUUUCUUUGUGGGCUCAAGAGAAGGCCAUCUCCCUGAUGCCAUCUGCAUGAUUCAUGUUGAGAGGUUCACACCAGUGCCUGCUCUGCUUUUCAAUGGUAUCAUGGCAUUGAUCUACUUGUGUGUGGAGGACAUCUUCCAGCUCAUUAACUACUACAGUUUCAGCUACUGGUUCUUUGUGGGGCUCUCUAUUGUGGGUCAGCUCUAUCUGCGCUGGAAGGAGCCUGAUCGACCUCGUCCCCUUAAGCUCAGCCUCUUCUUCCCCAUUGUCUUCUGCCUCUGCACCAUUUUCCUCGUGGCUGUUCCACUUUACAGUGACACCAUCAACUCCCUCAUUGGUAUUGCCAUCGCCCUCUCAGGCUUGCCCUUUUACUUCCUCAUCAUUAGAGUACCAGAGCGCAAAAGACCUCUUUAUCUCCGAAGGAUUGUGGCAUCUACCACACGAUACCUCCAAGUCCUAUGCAUGUCAGUUGCUGCAGAAAUGGAUUUGGAAGAUGGAGGAGAGAUGCCCAAGCAACGAGACCCCAAGUCUAACUAAAUGCUAUCAGCAUCCUGAGAUGUGGAAAGUGGGACCUCUUGUUUCCUACUGGCAGGAGCCAAGGACAUUGAAAAGGAAAGCUUACUUCUUCAGAGGCACAAGUCCAGAAAUCUGGUCUAGGCAGCUCCAACCUUUGAACUUGUUUUUUGACAGAGGAAAAGUAAUUUAUUUGUUUUGCUACAUAUUGUUUCCACCUUUCUAAAGGGAUGAUAAAACAGACUGUGGUGGGGAGCAUGUCAGGUGUGGGCUCGGUAGUUCUAGUUACACCUCUGGGUGUGCCUACCCACUCCGGUUUUCCUUUAAAAGGGCCAACAAUGCUCCAAAUUUCCUGUCUCCUUUAGAGACAUGAGACUGUCACUGGUGCUAGGCAACAAUAAAAGGGUUAUGUUCAAGUUUGAA